AUGUACGGACAGAAUAGUACCUACGAAUCGGAUUUGGCACUCUUGGAUUCGAUUCGGCGCCACUUGCUGGGCGAGUCCGAAUCGAUAUUCGGAGCCCCUACUUGUGCAUCGGGUCGAAGCUCCGGUAUCGGCGUCUUGCACUCGUGUUUGAGCGACAAUUGGGGCGACCUUCCGUUGAAGGAGGAUGAUUCCGAAGACAUGGUGCUCUACGACGUGCUCCGUGACGCCGUUGACGUGGGGUGGGUCCCAUCUCUUAACGCCGGCUCGCCCGAUAGCGUUUCCUCGUGUCUUACGGCGGAUAUCUCGGUGAAGCUGGAGCCCGACGUUAUGCCGGCGGUGACGAGUCCGCCUCCUCCUGCGGCGGUGGGGAAGCAGGAGAAGAAGGCUUCUCCGGCGAAGGGGAAGCACUACCGCGGCGUGCGGCAGCGGCCAUGGGGGAAAUUCGCGGCGGAGAUUCGGGACCCGGCGAAAAACGGGGCGCGGGUUUGGCUGGGAACGUUUGAGACCGCCGAGGAUGCGGCGUUGGCGUACGACCGUGCCGCCUACCGUAUGCGGGGGUCGAGGGCGUUGCUGAAUUUUCCGUUGAGGGUUAACUCCGGCGAGCCCGACCCGGUGAGAGUGAAGUCAAAGCGGUCGUCUUUACCGGAAAGUGGGGCGGCUCCGGCGAAGAGGAAGAAGGUGGUGGGGUCGGGGCAGGUGCAAGUGGGAGGUCAAGUGGCAGAGUGUACACGUGGCGAACAGUUAUUAGUUAGCUAA